UUCGCCGCCAUGGCCAAGAUCAAGAUCGGCAUCAAUGGUUUUGGUAGGAUUGGGCGAUUGGUCGCCAGAGUCGCACUCCAAAGUGAGGAUGUGGAACUCGUUGCCGUCAAUGAUCCAUUCAUUACCACCGAUUACAUGACAUACAUGUUUAAAUAUGAUACUGUACAUGGGCAAUGGAAGCAUCACGAGAUAAAAGUGAAGGAUUCCAAGACCCUUCUUUUGGGAGAGAAAGAGGUUACUGUCUUUGGCAUCAGGAAUCCUGAGGAGAUUCCUUGGGGUGAGACUGGAGCUGACUUCGUUGUGGAAUCUACUGGUGUCUUUACAGACAAGGACAAGGCUGCUGCUCACUUGAAGGUAGUUGAUGAUACCAUAUGCCAAGUUGCUUUAUGA